AUGAACUCUUCGAGGAAAAGCCUUACCAGCCUCCUAGCACCCAUCUGCUUCUGCAUUCUCUUAUUCCUCCUCACUCCCACGACUAUCGCCACGCCGGCACCCGUGCCAGCGCCCGCCAACGGUGACCCAUGUGGUCCAGCGGCCCAAGACAAUCCGAACUAUGCAGACACCUGCUCCGUUGCGCCCGUUCUUGUCAAGAGCCCUCAACCUUACGGCGUAAACUGCACGGCCGUCACGCCAAUCGAAGGUCCCGAGUCUGUAUCGUGGGGGAAUUGCAGUGCCUCGUUCCAAGAUGUCUGCAAAAAAGCAAUCGACCCGCGUAUUCGCGCCGGAGUCUGGAUUUGGAGCGAACUGGCACUGGGCUGCGCCGUCGGUUUCUUCUUACCACCUUAUCAGGGCGCUGCAAUUGUACAGAAUAAUGCAACAUGCAUAGAAAUAUUCACAGCUAUGAACGACAGUUGCUCGACCAGUGUGCCUGCGAGCAACUUUGGUGGUGUCAAUUUGAGAACGCUGCCGGGUCAUCCACCAUCGAUUGUUAAUGGGCAGGCGGUCUAUGACGGAUACCCGGACAAUGAUGUCACUUUCUAUGGGAAUGCAGUGAAUGUGGGAUAUCCGAGCUAUGCCAUAACUUAUACGCCAACGACAAAUCCGGAUGCUUAG